AUGGAAAAAUCGAAAGCCGCCCACGAUGGGCCUGAGGAUGAUGUUCAAUUGGCCGAAAUGGGGCAUAAACCCGAGCUGCAACGGAACUUUUCGACCUUGUCUAUGCUUGGAUUGGCCUUUGCGGUGCUUAAUUCUUGGACGGCUCUAUCCGCGAGCUUAUCCCUCAGCUUACCCUCAGGGGGGAGCACUAGUGUCAUCUGGGGUUUGGUCACGGCGGGGUUCUGCAACCUCUGUAUUGCAGUGUCGCUAGCUGAAUUCUUGUCCGCAUAUCCAACGGCGGGAGGACAGUAUCAUUGGGUAGCCGUAUCCUGGCCAAAAUGGGUUCCUAUCCUAUCCUGGGUCACCGGAUGGAUUAAUGUGGCGGGAUGGGUUGCCCUUGUCGCCACCAAUGCCCUUCUCUCCUGCGAAUUGAUUGCAGGAAUCGUGUCAUCCGUGUACCCGGACUUUGUUUGGCAGCGCUGGCAAGAGUUCCUGAUCUAUGUGGGAUACACACUGCUUGCAUUCGUCAUCAACGCCUUCAUGAAUUCAAUCUUGCCUAUCAUCUACCGUGGAGCAUUCACCUGGUCCAUCGGUGGUUUUGUUCUUAUCUGCAUCACGGUGCUGGCUUGUGCAUCCCCGGACUACAACUCCGCCUACUUUGUGUUCUGCGACUUUGUCAAUCAAACUGGCUGGCCUGAUGGAGUGGCUUGGCUACUGGGGCUUCUUCAAGGGGGACUUGGAGUGACCGCAUUUGACGCGGUGGCUCAUAUGAUCGAAGAGAUCCCCAACCCCUCAAUCAAAGGACCCAAGAUCAUGGUAGUCUGCGUCGGCAUUGGUACCUUUACCGGGGCGGUAUUCCUCAUUGUCCUCCUGUUCGUCGCGGGCAACAUGGACGAAGUAGUCAAUUCCAGCGCAGGGCCUCUACUAGAAAUCCUCAUCCAUGCCACCAAUAACCGGGUGGGCGGCAUCUGCCUCCUCAUGCUCCCUCUCGUCUGUCUAUUAUUCGCAACACUCAGCGUCAUGACAACGAGCAGCCGAAUGAUCUUUGCAUUCGCCAGGCAUGUCAUCCCUCCUUUCUCGCUCCCCGCUCCCCGAAGCACAUGGACACGAAGACUAACACAAAACAGAGACGGCGGCCUCCCCGCCUCCAAAUUCUUUGCGCGAGUGCACCCCAGACUCGGUCUUCCCUUGAACGCACUCAUGUUAACCGCCUUUGUGGUGAUUAUUUUCGGGUGCAUUUACCUCGGAUCAAGCAGUGCCUUCAACGCAAUCGUCUCCGCUUCUGUCGUCGCACUUGAUCUCUCUUACGCCAUGCCAAUCGCAGUGAAUUGUUUACGCGGACGGAGAACCCUCCCUGAUCGCAAGUGGAAAGUUCCUAAUGCAAUUGGCUGGGUGAUCGAUACUAUCUCGCUAUCGUAUAUUGCACUUACUACUGUGCUGUUCCUAUUCCCGCCUGAUCGGCCGGUUACCGGGAGUAGUAUGAAUUACUGCAUUGUUGCAUUUGCCAUUAUUGUCAUCGUCUCGGUGGUACAGUGGGUUGUGGACGGGAGGAAGAAUUUCACGGGGCCGCGGGUGGAUCUGUCUUGA